AUGGCCAAGCUCGCCGCCGCCCUGACCGUGCUCGCGCUGCUCGGCUGCAUGGCGCGUGAGGGCCAGGCAGACUAUGGGCAUCCCAGCCCGCCGCCGUCCACCCCGUGCUCUCCUGGCCAUCCUUCGACUCCCCCGAGCACAGCUACUCCUCCUCCUCCGGCGCCCGUCCCGAGCCCACCAGCCUCAGCGGAGCUCGUGGUCGGCUACUACCAGAAAACGUGCCACCGCGCCGAAGACAUCGUGAGGGAGACCGUGCGCGGUGCCAAUGCCGGCAUCAUGGCGGGGCUCGUCCGUCUCUUCUUCCACGACUGCUUCAUCAGGGGUUGCGAUGCCUCCGUGCUACUCGACCUGGCCGACCCUAGCAGCGCGACGGAGAAGUUUGGCCUCCCAAACCUAAGCCUGCGCGGCUUCGAGGUGAUCGACGCGGCAAAGGCAAGGAUCGAGAAGGAGUGCGGGAACGUCGUCUCGUGCGCCGAUGUCUUGGCCUUCGCUGGUCGUGACGCCACCUACUUCCUCAGCAACAAGAAGGUCUACUUCGAGAUGCCAGCCGGCCGCUAUGACGGUCGCGUCUCCCUGAUCAACGAGACACUCAUCCACCUGCCCCCGCCCUUUGCCACUGUGGAGCAGCUCAAGGCCAACUUUGCCUCCAAGGGGCUCUCCGCCGACGAGAUGGUCACCCUCUCUGGUGCACACACCAUCGGGGUGUCCCACUGCUCGUCCUUUGACGAUGACUUCUCCGACCGCCUCAAUGCCAGCACCUCCGACAUGGACCCCAAGCUGAUGGCGUCUCUAGAGAAGCAGUGCAGGUCAGACACCGGCAACGACAACACCGUGGUGCAAGACAUCAAGACCCCCAACAAGUUGGACAACAAGUACUAUAAGAACGUGCUCAGCCACGAGGUGCUCUUUGCCUCGGACGCUGCGCUCUUGACGGCGGAUGACACGAGUGCUGCGGUGCGUGCCUACGCCGAGGAUAACAAUGUGUGGGAGGAGAAGUUCAAGGCAGCGAUGGUGAGGAUGGGUGCCAUCGAGGUCAAGACCAGUGCCGAUGGCGAGAUCAGGAGGAGCUGCCGCAUCCUCAACACCUACUAA